CUAGAUGUUUUGGUUUUUGUUUUCGCAGACGGUGACGUAGCGCGCAGUGCACACUAGUCCGCAUGUUUUCCAUCUGGAAGCAGCUUUAACUGUAUCUCUCUUUGGAAGCUGUUAUUAGGAGCGAACAUUUAUUCACAGACUGAGGUAGACGGGGAGGUGACAGUCAGUGUAGCUGUCACAUAAAAACAAAAAAGAUAAUUCUAGAAGUUAGAACUCAUUCUGGCAUAGCACCGAACUAACGGCACAAGUGUUUCUUGGGAAUAAACUCGCGAAAGGGUGCUGUUUGAAGGAGCAGCAGAAGGAGAGAUGGUGGAUUACUACAAAAUCCUGGGCGUGCCCAAAACAGCCUCCCAAGAUGACAUCAAGAAGGCUUACAGAAAACUGGCUUUAAAGUGGCAUCCAGAUAAAAAUCCAGACAACAAGGAGGAAGCUGAAAAGAAGUUUAAAGAGCUCGCUGAAGCUUAUGAAGUUCUGUCUGACAAGAGCAAACGCGAUGCAUAUGACAGAUAUGGAAGUGAAGGAAUGAGACAUGCAGAUUCCUCCAGCGCAGACUUCUCAUCAGGUUUCCCAGGGUUUACCUUCACAUUCCGCAGCCCAGAUGAGGUGUUCAGAGAGUUCUUUGGAGGUCAGGAUCCCUUCGAUAGCUUUUUUGAUGAUUUCUCAUCAUUUGGUGGCUCAUCCUCACGCUUGGGAACAAAUCGAUUCUUCUCUUUUCCAUCAACUGGAGUUCAGUUUACGUCUUUCUCUUCUUCCUUUGGUGGGAUGGAUGGAAUGGACAGCAUGGGUGGAGGGAUGGGGAACUUUAGAUCAGUUUCUACCUCCACUCGCAUCGUAAAUGGAAAACGAACGACCACCAAAAAGAUAAAGGAAAAUGGACAGGAACGAAUAGAGAUCGAAGAAGACGGGAUGUUAAAGAAAGUCCUCAUUAAUGGGGUGGAGGACGACUUGGCUCUUGCUCUGGAAAUCAGCCGCAGAGAGGAACAGCCCCAUCCGUCCGCUCAGAAACCCCAGAUCCAGAGCAGAUCCGCCGAGUCUGACAGACACAGGUCCAGUCCUUACUCUGCAAUGCCUCAAAGGUCAUAUAGCUCCGCCCCCUUCUACCACUGCGAGCUUGCAGACGGGAGGGAGGAUGAUGAUGAAGAUGAAGACCUUCAGAUGGCUUUGGCCUGCAGCCUGUCAGAAAUGGAAGCUCAACAGAGAGCUGCGGCUAACGACUACAUAUCAGACUCAGACUUCAAGGCCUUCACAAGUUAACCUGUAUGACUUGAUGCUCUGCUGAAAAAGCCUACCCAAAGGUCAAACCUCAAUUUCCUGCUAUGCACUUUGCUCCAUGCUGCUGGUCAUUGCUGCUUUUUCUUAUUUAUGUGCAUCUUUUUAUGUUCGUUCAGUCUGGCGGAGAACCCUGAAAGCUUUAUGAAAACGGUGGAACAUUAUAACCGACAUUUCUGAAAAACGUUAAUUUUUUUGUGAAGAAUACUUUAAAAAAGUUUUUUUUUUCGUUGUACGAAAAGGUACAGAAGCCGUUAAUAAAAAAAAAAAGUAUUCUGAAACAAAAAAUAAAAUAAUAAAAAUGUUUCUUCUGAUUACUCCAAAAAAAAAUUUCCACAAAAAAAUCACAACAUUUCUGAUGUUUUCUGCUGCAUCACAUCACAAAUUUAAUUGUCAAGUCAAAAAUACAUUUUUAUAUCAUAUCUUUUUUAUUAGUCUGCUACAUGAAAGAAACACAAUCAUCAGGAUGAGUUUUUCUUUUCCAUUAAUCACAAGUUUCCACAAUUAUCAAGACGUUAAAGGAAUUCAAACAAAGCUACUCCUUGCGGAACUACAGAUGGAGAUGAGUACUUUUUGGUCAAUGCAUCCAUUACAUUUUCAAGGCAAACACAAGCCUCACGAUUAAAGAAAAACACAAAACACCAUAUCCACAGAACGAUGAGUAAAAUCAACCUUUUAAAAGGUGGAAGCCACAAACAUUUUUCAAGCUAACGUCAAUUUAGUUAAGCUCCAAAAACUAAAAAAAAAAAUCUAUAUUAAAUAAAAAGUUCUGAAAUGUCCACAAAAAAUGUUGAAUGUUUUCCAGAUAGAAAUAAACUGAAUGUGGUGGUUCACUA